AUGAAGGCCGUGGGCGCGAAGUAUGCGGCGGAAAGCAGUUUCGCCUCGAAUGGAAGCUCGACUUCCGCGAUAGAGUUUGACGUGUCAGACGCCGUCUCGGGCAGAUGGGAGUCUGCCGAGAAAGUUGGCGCUGCUCGUAAAUGGAAGUUCGAUCUGGACUACGAGGGUUCAGACAGUGAGGCUCACCUAAAGCUCGGCGACGGACGGUUUGGGGGUGUCAAGUACCUUCGAGGUGUGACGAAAGCCCUCUCCCUCGGCGUCGACGCAUUCUGGCUGGCUGAACAGAGCAGCGUGGGCUUUGCGGCGCGAUACACGGAUAAGAGAUCAGUUGCGACGGCGCAGUUGGCCUCCGUUGGCCUUCUUUGUCUGACAUACACUAAGGUCGAUAUGAAGGUGAAAAUCAACGAGCAACUCAAGCAAGUCAUGCUGGCGAGUGAUUUCAUGUGGAAUUGGCACACUCGAAAGGCGCAUAUGAGCGUCGGCUAUGACUUGAUCGACGGCAAGAAUCGCUGGCGAGGGCGAAUCAACAGCGCAGGUACGGCCUCUUCGUUUUACGAGAGACACGUAAGCGCCACCUGCUCGAUUUGGACAUCCAAUGACAUUAACCUCCCAAACCGAAAUUGGAAGUUCGGCGUCGGGAUCACGGCACAGGCGAUGUAA